UUGUGACUGAAGGCCUUGUUUUGAGGGUGUUUUGCAGACCAGUGCUUGUCGGCCUGGGGAUUUUCCAGAAAAACUGUAGACUGCCCCCUAAACCAAGCUGAAAGACGCACCGUCAAAAUUAAAAUAAAAAACGUUUUGAGGAAAAUUGUGUUGGAACACUACCUUAGUAGAAAAUGUCGUUAAGCACAGCACAACAACACAAAACACACAACAUGUUCACUGCAGCCUGUGCAAACUUUGUUAAGACGGUAGAACCGAAAACUCUGCACGCUACUCCUAGUCUUGACGAAAAAGACAACGUCAAGUUGUUUCAAGUCGUAAAAAAAUACAAACAUCAAAGGGUCAAAUUUUGGGAGAGGAAAUUAAUUUUCCGUCCUUCAGAGUUUCAGUUGACAGAUAUGUUGGUGGAUAGAAAGUCUUUGAAUGUCAAGCAGGAAUCUACUGACUUUGAACAAAAAUUCAACUGCACUGAGGAAUAUUUUGUCGAUGGUGCACUGGAUAUCAAAUUCGGUAGAGUGCAGAAGCAGGAAUUGGUGUAUACAGACCUGAUUGGUGAACUUUGCAAUAGGCAAAUAAACAUGGAACAUCCCUAUGUGAGGCAAAUGCAAAUACGACGGAACAAGAGGAACUCUCUAUAUCUGAUAUCAGGCGUGGCGUUUUUACCUGAUGGUGGCGAAAUUCACAGAAAAACAGUUGAGGAUGCCAAAGCCAAAGGAGAUCCUCUGAAAGUCAAUGCUAGUGCAGGUUUUGGAUCUGUCAUCGUUCUGGCCAAGUCCACUGCAGUGGCUUUUACCGUACAGGAGCUAGAGAUAGACAGAAAUACUGGUCAUAUUGGACCGGUCAAUACGAGUGCCGCCUAUGAUGUUGGUGGAUGGAUCGGCGCCUCUAUUCUAGGCUAUGAAGAAUAUGAAGAUAAAGAAGACGUAUCUGUGGUCAAUACGAGUGCCGCCUAUGAUGUUGGUGGAUGGAUCGGCGCCUCUAUUCUAGGCUAUGAAGAAUAUGAAGAUAAAGAAGACGUAUCUGUGGAUUGUCAGCUUGACCAUGCACGUGAGGUGUUUUCCUAUUUGCUUGACCUUGACCAGGAAGCUAGAAAAAUCGUCAAUACAAAUCUCCUAAAGCUAAUGAAGUAUCCCAGUGACUUGGUUGAUAUUGCAUCGUUGCUUAACUACGUCGAAGCAGGGCUGGAGGUGGAUAUCAAUGUCAGUGACCUUGCUGAGAGUUUAGUCUCCCCUAGUGAAGUGUGGCAGUAUGUCCUGCAACAGGCUGAAUUCAGUGUCACCGAUGACAGUCUAAAUAUCCCGAAGUCCACAGAGAGGAUUUCUAUGUUCGGAGAGUUCUUCGAUGCAGCCACAGAACUGGAGGAGUCCCUGUUGGUGCUCGUCACAGACCUUUCUCCCUCGAAUGCUGAUAACAUCCUACCCGUGCUGAGGUAUGGCAUAUCAAAAAAACGGGGUAUUGAUUGGACGAAAAUGAAGGAAAAGGUUGACUAUGACGACACAAGUUUCAAUUUGCUGAAACAAUUGAACUAUGACAUGCGCAUCCUCUCUAUGUCGCCCCCAGAAAAUGUGCCGUCCUGCAUGUACGCCUUGUACUGGGUAUUGUUUGCAUUGUAUGGAAAAUAGAUGCAUGCCAUGCCUUAAAUUGGAUAGUUUUUGCAAUGUACAGGACAAAAAAAGACGUGCCAUUGAACAAUAAGAUUUCGAAAAAGCCAUUCUGCAUUAAAGCUUUAUUUUGGAUAGUGCUUGCACUAUAGAGGAAAUUGAUACUUACCAUUAAACAAUUGAGUUUGGAAUUUGAUCCACAUGCGUUUAUUUUGUCUGUAAAGGGUGAAGUGUUUGCUGUAUUUUUGUUUACCCUUUUUUAACAAUAAAAUAAUGUUUUAAUUUUUUUAAGAUUUAAAUAAGAUGGCUGUAAAAACGAUAAUAGUAUUAAAAGUAUUGUAGACCAAUGAGAUGUCAGUGUUGAUACUUUACAUGUUACAUUAAUAAUUAUGUGUAUUUAAGCUGGGAAAUGUUUGAUGAAAACUAUUUUAAGAAGCAAAAUGAUUUUUUAUGACAUAACAUCUACUUGUUAACAGAGGAAUAUAAUUUAUGUUGCAUAAAUAAUUGUAAAAUGAAUCGUAUUUUGAUAUUAAAUGAUUAUCUUAUAUUCAAAUGUAUGUGUUAUUUACGGUCAUGUAUACAGUUUUUCUUUUCAAACAGAUAACCAAAAUACUCUUACAAUAUUUCAAUUGUAUUAUUUUACUAACUGAUUAAAUAUUUUGCUGGAAGUUCAAUUAAUCAUAUUCACAGUACAACUCAAACCAAUGGCACAUUUCUCUUUUAAUUGCUUUUAAUUGCCAACAUUAUAUGUUUAUAUUCAUUUGAAUUAUGUAGCCGUUCUUUAAACAAAAACGUUGCUGCUGACAAAGGCCAUAUAUUUUCAUAAAUGUGUUCACAGUAUGUUUAAAGGUAAUCGCACGUGUUAUAAUUUUGUGAUUUUUUUUUAAAACCAGGUUUACUCUGUUCUGACAUUGCUGCACUAAGAGUUUAAGUCCAUUUGUGUGACUGUCUUACAUGAUCAAAAAGAAGAAUAUAUUUGUUUGCAUGACUGCUAGCUGGUGUUAAUGAUGUAAAAAAGUAUGAACACAGAUCAUGAUAGUCAAUUCAUUAUGAUGUUAUUAUCCAUUCAGUCAGUUUCUAGUAUUAGUGAAAGUAUCGCUAUUGGAUCUUCUUUUUGUAUUUAUCAAAUUACCUAUUACUUUAUGUGCAUAGUUUGUUCAAUGUAAGUUCCUUUUUUAUGACCGAUAAACAGUGUUUUUAGUUCUUCAAGAGUAAAAGUGAUCCAUUUGAUUAUUAUAUCUAAAUUUUGAACUUUGACUGGUAUAUAUUCCAUUGCUUUUUUCCAUAGAACAUCUUGUAGGCCCUGUAAUAUUCCAUUCGUAUUGAUUUUAAUAUAUUAAUUUACUUUCAUUUAACGAACAAAAUAGAUGAAUCAACAUUAACUAAAUAUUCCAAAAUAUACUCCGAGUUGUGCAUUUGUUUAUUGCCAUAUAUAAAUGACUGCAUUGAUUCAUGAGCUUUCUCUCGCCCUGUAGCAUUUGAAGUUUGACUUCAGUUUUAUCGGUUCUUAGCCUUUAUUUUUUGUAACAUUUUUAACUCUAGAUGUGGAUUGUGACGCACACAGAUGUAUGCAUUAAAACCAGUCCUAUACAAAGAAAGAAUAUUGAAUAUGCCUACCUAAGAUUUGUUUAAUUGGUGCUGGUACAGUUUCAUUUUUCCACGUCCAUUCGAUUUUUCGUACCUGUCUAUUUACAAGUCUAAUGCACUUUAAAAUGAGCCAGUUUGGUUGUUUCUAUUAUAAAUAUGCUCAAACAGUUUAGUUGUACUUGUGUAACCCUUGCAUUUGUCUUAAAUUUAUGUUCAAAUAUCUAAUUUAGCUUGCACUGUUCAUCAGAUACUAUCAUAAAGAUAACCUGUUUUGCUUUGUAUCAUUAUAUUUUGUGUACAAUUGUAAUCACAGCUUGCAUUGUUGUAUUUUGUUUCCAUUUUCUGUACAAUUGAAACUGCAUGUUUAAUUAAGAUUUCAUUGUGCCAUUGAAACCUUUAUACAUGUAUUUCACUUGCACCUCUUUCAUAGUGGCAUAUAAUCCUUUUUACUUGUUUAUUUCUCAAUCAAUGCUUACUUAUUUUGACUAAAACUGACGACAACAUGCCCAAUUUUAAGAACCAAAUACAUUAAUUUGUUAGACAGAAGUUAAUGAGGGCAUCCUGCCAGAAUAUAGGUUUCUUUAUAUUAGUUUGAAUGUCCACUUUAUGCCGUUCUUCUAGUCACUAUUUAUCAAUGUUAAUAAAUCUUAAUGACACAUAAUUUUAAUAGUUAGAACAGUAAUUACAUUGUUAACGCUCUUUAUCCGUUAAUUUCAAGGUAAUACUAAUACAGCCGUAGUUAGAAAUAGGUAUAUUAUUUCUCGUUUUCAUCAACAUGAUUUUUAAAAAGUAACUUUUAUGGUAAGAUAACAGCAUAUUUGCAUUUAUUAAAUACAAAAUAAUGUAGCCAUUUGUAUUAUUAUACCCCCACUAAACGAAGUUUAGGGGGUAUAUAGGAGUGAGCUUGUCUGUCGGUCGGUCGGUCGGUCGGUCUGUCGGUCGGUCCGUGUCCGCUCUUUAAUUCAAGUAGUUUUCAUCCGAUCUUCACCAAACUUGGUCAGAAUUUGUAUCUAAAUUUGGAGCUAAAAAUUCCCAAUGGAAGAUUUAAAAAAAAUAAAUAAAAACAUAUCUCAAUAUUUUGUUAUCUCCCAACCAUAUAAUAUCACCACCUUAGUAAAUAUAAUACUGGACACACUUGUAUUCUCAAUUUAGAAGCAUUUGUUAGCAAAACAACAACAACACCAAUUUCCCUAUUUUAGUAAAAAUGCGC